GCCGGAGCCGUCGGGUGCGCGGCGCUGCCCGGGCUGCCCGCGGCCUCCUCUCGCUCUUCUUCCUUCCUUCCCUCCCUUCCUCCCCUCUAUCCUUGCACGCCCUCCGCCGCCGGCGCGCCCCUGCGGUGCAUUGUAAUUAUCAGUCAAGAUGGAUAUCCGAGGUGCUGUAGAUGCUGCUGUCCCAACAAACAUCAUUGCUGCCAAAGCUGCUGAAGUUCGGGCAAACAAAGUAAACUGGCAGUCAUAUCUCCAAGGUCAAAUGAUUUCAGGUGAAGACUGUGAAUUUAUUCAAAGAUUUGAACAGAAAAGAAAUCCAGAAGAAAAACAGGAGUUGUUGCAAACAGAAGGCAAUCAAUGUGCUAAAACAUUUAUAAACUUGAUGACUCAUAUCUCCAAGGAACAGACUGUUCAGUACAUUCUGACUAUGGUUGAUGAUAUGCUGCAAGAAAAUCAUCAGCGUGUUUGCAUCUUCUUUGAUUAUGCAAAACGUGGUAAAAACACUGCAUGGUCCUAUUUUCUGCCAAUGUUGAAUCGACAAGAUCUCUUCACUGUGCAUAUGGCAGCAAGAAUUAUUGCCAAACUGGCUGCUUGGGGGAGGGAGCUUAUGGAAGGCAGUGACUUGAAUUACUAUUUCAACUGGAUUAAAACUCAGCUUAGUUCACAGAAGCUACGUGGUACAGGGGGUUCUGUGGAUACAGGAGCAGUCUCCACAAGUGAUAGUUCCCAGUAUGUACAAUGUGUUGCUGGAUGUCUGCAGCUGAUGCUCAGGGUCAAUGAAUACCGCUUUGCAUGGGUAGAAGCAGAUGGAGUAAAUUGCAUCAUGGGUGUCUUGAGCAACAAAUGCGGUUUUCAGCUCCAGUAUCAGAUGAUUUUUUGUGUGUGGCUGCUGGCAUUUAGCCCUCAAAUGUGUGAAUAUCUUCGUCGGUACAAUAUUGUCCCUGUGCUGUCAGAUAUUCUUCAAGAAUCUGUCAAAGAGAAAGUAACCAGGAUCAUCCUUGCAGCAUUUCGGAAUUUGUUAGAGAAAUCUACUGAGAGAGAAACUCGCCAAGAAUAUGCUCUUGCCAUGAUUCAGUGUAAGGUUUUAAAGCAGCUAGAGAAUUUGGAUCAGCAGAAAUAUGAUGAUGAAGACAUCAGUGAAGAUAUCAAAUUUCUACUGGACAAGCUUGGUGAGAGCGUGCAAGACCUUAGCUCCUUUGAUGAAUACAGCUCUGAGCUCAAGUCAGGAAGACUGGAGUGGAGUCCUGUGCACAAAUCUGAGAAGUUUUGGCGUGAGAAUGCUGUAAGACUAAAUGAGAAGAACUAUGAACUACUCAAAAUCCUGACAAAACUUCUGGAGGUUUCUGAUGAUCCCCAGGUGCUGGCUGUAGCUGCUCAUGACGUGGGAGAAUAUGUACGACACUAUCCCCGUGGGAAACGAGUGAUUGAACAGCUUGGUGGUAAGCAGCUGGUCAUGAACCACAUGCAUCAUGAAGACCAGCAAGUUCGUUAUAAUGCACUACUGGCUGUGCAGAAGCUGAUGGUUCACAAUUGGGAAUACCUUGGGAAACAGUUGCAGUCAGAACAACCUCAAACGGCCACCGCACGGAGCUAAACACUUCUGUCAGUUCAUGCAGUUCGUGCUUACAACUACAGUGUGUUUAUCUUUAAAUGAACAUAAAGGAAAUACUGAAAUCACGUGGUCUUUGUCUGCUGUGGGUGCAUAAACAUUCCAACUUUCCUUUAGUGUUGUUGGCUUACUAAAAAUUUGUUUGUUCAAAUUUGUUAGUUCUGCUGAUUAUGCCUAUUAGCUUCUUGUUCUAUUCUGAAUGUAUAUGAAGAAAUGUGGCUAAUAUAUUGCAUUUGUUUUAUGUAUUUAUUCUCAUAAUAAAGACUAUUAUUAAAGGA